ACUGCCACAGAUCCAGCAGCACUGCAGAUCUCUCUGUGUGCUGCUAUUCUUCCUAUGAGGGUGAAAGACAGGAGGAGGAGUGGGAGUGAGUGAGUGAGAGAAGCGUCUGGCAGCCAUCCCAGUCAAACAGUAAUGCAGAGUAAAGGGGGAGAUAGCAGUCUUUUCACUGAGACUCAGCACAGGAUACAGCACUGCGGCCCGGGAGCCCUCCCUUUGUGAGCCAGUGGGCGUGUGAUCUCACCGCUGAGAGGAGGGGCCCCCUUUCCCCUGUCUGGCCAAUCCUUGAGCUCGGUGACUAGGUCACGUGAGAAUCCCUCUUUCGGGUUGCCAUGACAAUGUGCACUGGUCCAGACAGCAUCUUACUGUGGUGAGAAGGGAAGAGAAGAGGAGGGAGGAUAGACAGAGGGCGGGAGAGCAAGAGAACAAACCCCAGACACCUAUGCUGUGCACCUUUCCUCCAAUGAGGAUGCCUGAGACGGGGAGAUAAAGACUUCACCGGAGCAGAGUGUGUGCUAGAGCCAGGGGCUGCGGCCUGACCAGAGACCCCCAGAGGCCCCCAACUGGGGGGAGGUCCAUGGGGACCAUGGGGGACCUGGGAGGCUUCACCACCACAGGGGAGAGGGUGAACCCGGCCCACAUCCUGUUUGACCGCUUCGUUCAGGCCUCCACUUGCAAAGUCACGCUCAAGGCCUUCCAGGAGCUCUGUGACCAUCUGGAGCUCAAGCCCUGUGAGUACCGGGUCUUCUACCACAAGCUUAAGUCCCGUCUCAACUACUGGAAGGCCAAGGCACUCUGGGCUAAGCUUGACAAGCGGGCCGGCCAGAAGGAGUACAAGAAAGGACGUGCAUGUACCAACUCUAAGUGUUUGAUCAUCGGGGCAGGACCAUGUGGCCUGCGGACAGCCAUCGAGCUGGGCUUCCUGGGCGCCAAGGUGGUGCUGCUGGAGAAGAGGGAUGCCUUCUCCAGGAACAACGUGCUGCACCUGUGGCCCUUCACCAUCCAGGACCUCCGAGGCCUCGGGGCCAAAAAGUUCUAUGGAAAGUUCUGCGCCGGAGCCAUCGACCAUAUCAGUAUCCGGCAGCUCCAGCUGAUGCUGCUGAAGGUGGCCCUGCUCCUGGGCAUCGAGAUCCACGUCAACGCGGAGUUCAAGGGUCUCAUCGAGCCCCCCGAGGACCAGGAGAACGAGAGGAUAGGGUGGAGGGCUGAGGUCCUCCCCAGGACACACCCAGUCAACGAGUUGGAGUUUGAUGUCAUCAUUGGGGCAGAUGGGAGGAGAAACACGCUGGCAGGGUUCAGGAGGAAGGAGUUCCGGGGCAAGCUGGCCAUCGCCAUUACAGCCAACUUCAUCAACAGGAACACCACAGCCGAGGCCAAGGUGGAGGAGAUCAGCGGAGUGGCCUUCAUCUUCAAUCAGAAGUUUUUCCAGGACCUCCGGGAAGCCACGGGAAUUGACCUGGAAAACAUUGUCUACUACAAGGAUGACACGCACUACUUUGUCAUGACUGCCAAGAAACAGAGCCUGCUGGAGAAGGGAGUCAUUCUGCAUGAUUAUGCGGACACAGAGAUGCUGCUUUCCAGGACGAACGUGGACCAGGCAGCUCUGCUAUCUUACGCCCGCGAGGCCGCAGACUUCUCCACCAACCACCAGCUGCCCACGCUGGACUUUGCCAUCAACCACUACGGCCAGCCCGACGUGGCCAUGUUCGACUUCACCUGCAUGUACGCCUCCGAGAACGCGGCGCUGGUACGCCAACGCAACGGGCGCCAGCUACUGGUGUCUCUGGUGGGGGACAGUCUACUGGAGCCCUUCUGGCCCAUGGGCACUGGUAUAGCCCGGGGUUUCCUGGCAGCCAUGGACUCCGGAUGGAUGGUGAAGAGCUGGGCCCAGGGGAACACAUCUCUGGACGUGCUGGCUGAGAGGGAGAGCAUAUAUCGCUUGCUGCCUCAGACAACGCCAGAGAACAUCAAUAAGAAUUUCAGUCACUACAGUGUGGACCCCACCACGCGCUACCCUAAUAUUAGCCUCCACUUCCUCAGGCCCAACCAGGUACGACACCUCAUAGACACAGGGGAUUCAAGUAGGGAAAUGCUUAUCGAAAUGGAGAAUGUAGUCAACUCGUCAACACCCAAGCUCACCCGAAAUGAAUCCAUAGCUCGCUCCAGCAAGCUGCUAAACUGGUGUCAGAGGCAGACGGAGGGCUACAGAAAAGUCAGUGUGACUGAUCUCACCAUGUCCUGGAAGAGUGGCAUGGCCCUGUGUGCCCUCAUCCACCGCUACAGACCUGACCUCAUUGACUUUGACUCCCUGGAUGAGCGGGACCAGCAGAAGAACAAUCAGCUGGGCUUUGAUGUGGCCGAGAGGGAGUUUGGCAUCUCACCUUGCAUGACGGGCAAGGAGAUGUCCCAGGUGGCGGAGCCUGACAAGCUCUCCAUGGUCAUGUACCUCAGCCAGUUCUACGAGAUGUUCAAGGACACAGUGCCCCCUGGGGCCGGAGGGGACCAGAACAUGAGCCCUGAGGAGAAGGCUGCGUUGAUCAACAGUACAAAGUCCCCCAUCUCCUUCCUCAGCAAGCUGGGCCAGAGCAUCGCUAUCUCACGGAAGCGUAACCCCAAGGACAAAAAGGAGAAGGAGGUGGAUGGUUUGGGGAAGAGGAGGAAGACCAGUCAGGCUGACCACUCUGAAGACGAAGAGGUUUUGAGGGGUAACUGUGACGACAGGCCAUCUAACAGUACUGCUCUGACAGAAAGGAAGAUGAAGGAAGAGUCAGCAGCUCUAGGGAACCACAACAAAGUCAAGUCCAUGGCCACCCAGCUCCUGGCCAAGUUUGAGGAGAACGCCCCAGCCGAAUCCAAGGGCCUCAAAAGACAGGGGGAUUCUCUGCCCAGUUUGGGUGUCGUCCUGGCGCUGCCCCCUCCCCCUGCCUCCCUGGGCCCCUCCAGGCAGCCUGUCCGCCUAGUACCGGUCCCUGCAUGGAGACAGAAACGCACCCAGCAGCAGGAGCAGCUCAGCUUCCGCUAUAAGGAGACGGUCAAGUGUCAGACCCUACCUAUCAGAGCGGAGCAGCCAAGAAGCGGUACAGAGUGGUGUUCGGGCUCACGGAGCUGCCCUAAGAAAACCAUUCUGCUUUCCUCCACCUCCUCGCUCUCUCUUCACUCACAGCACUGUGAUAGAGACGGUUUGGAGGAGGAAGGGACCACACAGGACCAGACACCUCAGGCUCACCGGAAAUGGGAAUCCGUGCAGCUUGAGGAACCAGAGCCUAUUCACAUCCCUAGCAUCCAGGAGAGGUCUGCGUGGCUAGUCGCUAAGUUUAAGGGUAAACCCGAGAAACUAAAGCUCAAGAAAAAGCCCUCGCGUUUCUUUAUAGAACAGUGGCACCUGUCAGCCAGAACCCUCAGCCAGAACACACAAAGCCUCCUCUCCCCCCCUGAAGCUCUUGGACAGAGCUAUUUAAAGAUGUACACAGGGGAAGUGAGCUUAUUGGCUGAGCAGAUAGCCAAUCAGCUUCAGCCUCAAGAAGAACCUAAGCCAUUACUUGACAAGAAGGAGUUGAGUUCCCUGAGGAAGGAGUUCCCCCAGAACAUCGGGGGCAGUGACGUGUGCUUCUUCUGCCGGAAGCGUGUGUACGUGAUGGAACGGCUGAGUGCCGAGGGCAAGUUCUUCCACCGCAGCUGCUUCAAGUGUGACUACUGCGGCACCACACUACGACUUUCGUCCUACGCCUUCGAUGUGGAGGACGGAAAGUUUUACUGCAAGCCCCAUUACUGUUACCGCUCGUCUGGUCAGGCUCAGAGGAAGAGGCCGGCACCGACCCCUGCUCUGCUCAAUGCUAAGGACAACCAGGCUUCCUUGCCCGCGGCGGUCACUGUGGACUCCCCCGGGAGGGGGGCGAUGGCAUCCCCUUCCCCCACCGAGCGCCGGUCCUCAGUCCCGGAGGUGAACGGGCUGCAGGAGCCCAGCCUGGCUAAGCGUCUGCGGGGCACGCCGGAGCGCAUCGAGCUGGAGAACUACCGUCUGUCUCUGCAGCGGGAGGAGGACCUAGAGGAGGUGCCAGAGGAGACGCUGGCCGAACACAACCUAAGCAGUGUGUUGGACAAGGACGCGCACCCAGACCUGGGCUCCAGCAGCUCUGAGUCUGACAUGGAGGAAGAGGACCAGGAUGAAGAGGAGCAACAUGAGGAGGAGCAGCAGGAGCCCCCCAGCCCCUCAGACCUGGGAGGAGUACCCUGGAAGGAGGCUGUGGAGCUCCAUGCCAAGCUGAAGACUGACAGCGACCCAGGGGCUGAGGGAGAGGACGGUGAGGGAGAGGACGAGACACAUGGUCACAUUGCUAGGGAUCUAGAAGUGGAGGAGGAGGAAGAUGACGAAGAAGAGGAGGACGAUGAGGCGGAAUCGACUGAUGAGGGGGAGUACUGCCCGUGGGAGCAGGAGCUCCAGUCAGGCAUAUGGCUGGAGAAUCUCCAAGACGAAGAGGAUACAUGUAGAUUUAAAGCCAGAAACCUGCAGAUCCAGCAGGUGCUGCAGCCUGUGGAUCCAACGGGCAUUAAGAAUCUCAGACGAGUCUCCACACUGUCAGAGGGGGACAAGGAGGAGCCUCCUGCCUCGGCCUCCCAGCCAUCCACCACGCUCACCCAGUCCCCCUCCACAGCCCCCGCCCACACAUCCACUCGUCAUGAGGCUGUGCGAGUCUGGUUGGAGUCGGUGUCCGGAGAGCCCUGUGAGGAUGAUGACCCGGAAGCAGAAGUGGGAAGCCAUGAUUUUGAGCCAGGCACCGAGAUGGACCAGGAGGACAUUCCCUCUGACGCGGAGGCGGAGGCUCGUCUGCACCAGUCAGAGCUCAGUGAUGCGCUUCCUGAAGAGGACAAGAAGUCGCAGAGUCAGGGGAUCACCUAUAGCAUUGAACAACCUAGUGUCAGCCCGGUGAAGUUAGUUGGGGAAGUUGUGCUCUCGCCAGUCAAACCACCGACUCCACAGCCUGAUUUACAGAUGUCUCACACGUCUCCUUCCUACCUGGUCAAAUCACCUGGAAUGCGCUUUUUCCCAGAUCCCUUGGCAUCGGAGAACGUCACAAUACCCCAGAGGACAGUUCAGACUCCCAAUGCCAAGAGCCCCCAAUACGCUACCCAUGCCCUGUCCCCGAUUUACUCCCCUGUUCAAUCCCCUAUUCGCUCCCAGCCUAUCCCACUGCCUGAGACAGUCACCCAAAAAUCCCCUGUCAACUCUCCACCCUGCUCCUGCCCCCCGACAGGGAACCCGCUGUCUCCCAUCUGUGCCCAGCCGCUGCCCUGCCACGAGCCCUCCUCACCCCUCACCUCGGACUCCCCUGUCAGAACUCAGCCUGUCCCUGCCAUCACCUCCACUCCGCUAGCCAAACCAGCCUCCUCUGACAGGACUACCCCCGAGCCUCAAAAAUCUCUGGACUUCACAGACGAAACCCCGGUGAAGAAGACGGACAUCAUCGAGGAGUUCUGGCUGAAGAGUGCCGAGAUCAGGAAGAGCCUGGGUCUCACCCCGCUGGACCGUAGCAGCAGCAGCAAAGCCCCAGAGAAGUGUCAUGUUACUGUGGGUAAGGUGCCCACUCCGGACUCCCCCUCGACCAAGUCCUAUACCCCAGAGGAUCUCUCAGAGGAGCUUCGGCCUUCCCCUUCUCCCUUCACCGGUCGCUCGGUUAUUCGCAGGCUGAACAUUACGGUGGAGGGCCAGGUCAUCUCCCCUGCGGAGCCCAAGAGCAUUGGCUCAGAACGGAGGGACCUCAGCAGCAGCUCCGGCCUUGGCCUCAACGGCAGCAUGGCCACCAACCAGACCAGCCAGGCGGCCAGUGACAGCUACCACACUUCCGACUCCACCAUGCUCACCCCACCAUCCAGCCCCCCGCCGCCCCCGCCCAACGAGGAGCCAGCUACUCUCAAGCAGCAGCAGAAGCACCAGGUGUCCUGGGACAAUGGGAUCGAUGGCCCCACUACACCUGAGCCAGCCAUGAAGCCAGCCAAGGUGGCACCCACCAAGACCAACAGCCCUGUGCCUGCACCAAGGACCCAACUCAGCCCUGUGUCUAUGCCAGUAUCUGCACCCAAGCCUGCCCCCAGGACUACACCGGUCACCUCGCCAGUCACCUCGCAGGUCACAGCUCCGGUCACUCCGUUGGUGGUCAUGAGACGGGAGAAGAGCAGCAAACCACGUCGGGAGGAGGUGAGGAAGUCAUUCGUGGAGUGUGUGGCGGAGAUCCCGUUUGCGGACGAUGUGGAGGACACGUACGACGAGCGGACGCCGGACACAACCAUGGACAGGUUCUACACUCCGCCCAGCAGCAAGCCCAACAGGGAGAGGGAGAAGCGUCCCCUGCACCUGGCCCUGGCCAUGGAAAACGGAAAGCCCAUUUUUCCUGUGAACCAUCAGGCCUCGAAGAGCCAGAAGGCCCAGCAGUUCUCCCCUGAGGCCAAGGAAAUAGCAGAGGAACGUAUGAGAGCCAGAGAGAAGUCCAUCAAGAGCCAAGCUCUGAAGGAAGCCAUGGCCAAGCAGCUCAACAAGAUGAAAGAGACGGACACUGCCAAGGGCGCCGCCGCCACGGCUAAAGUGGUGUGGAACGUGGCCUCAGAGACUUCCGGGAAAAGUACUAAGAAGUCAUCCGGUUCUCCAAAAACUUAUGCAGUGAAAUCUCUUGAGUCAAAGAAGGCUGAGACUCUAUCAGAGCGUUUCUUUAGCAGUCAGGGUAACAAGAGUCUGGACAGCUCGACCGUCUCCUCCGACGGCUCCGCCUCGGGGGGCAAGAGCAAGAAGCGCGGCUCGCUUUUCUCACCUCGCAAGAACAAGAAGGAGAAGAAAGCGAAGAAUGAAAGCCAGCUGUCAGUCAAGCACGGCACAGACGAGACGCCGUCGCCGCCCAAACACAAGUCCCUGUGGAAGGCUGUGUUCUCGGGGUACAAGAAAGACAAGAAGAAGAAUAAGGACGACAAGUCAUGUCCCAGCACGCCAUCCAGCUCCAACACCAACGACUCUGGGAAGAAGCGAUUGUCACCUCUCGGCAGAUCGUCAGAUUUGAAGUCGCGCAGAAACCUGAGCUUCUCUGAGGACUCGGAUCUGUCAUGUGAUGAUGUGCUGGAGAGGUCUUCUCAGAAGUCUAGGACAGACCGGCAUACGCACAUCUUUGACCUAGUGUCAGGCAUUCAGAAGGAAACGACAAAGGAGGAAAAAGCGGGGGAGAGAAAAGGGAAGAAAAUAAGGGAGAGGGGAAAAGAAAGAGAAAGAGGUCGGGACCUUGAUCGAAUCAUAGAGGAAGAGGAGUCUGUUUAUGUCCCUCACGCAUUGGCGUUCAAGAGAGCGUACGCCACCAAGAAAACCUACACAGAGGAGGAGCUCAAUGCCAAGCUGACACGUAGGGUACAGAAAGCUGCCCGGCGACAGGCCAAGCAGGAGGAGCUGAAGAGACUGCACAGAGCCCAGACCAUCCAGAGGCAGCUGGAGCAGGUGGAGGAGAAACAGAGACAGCUGGAGGAGAGGGGUGUGGCUGUGGAGAAAGCCCUGCGAGGGGAAGCAGGAUUGUAUAAAGGGACUUAUUGUACUAUACCAAAACAACACAAAAGACGAUCAGACUAUUGGGGAGAGUCUAAUUACAGUGAAAUCCUGGACUUGCAUCUGGGCGGGAUGGGGAAAAAGGACGACCCCAAGCUCAUGCAGGAGUGGUUCAAACUGGUGCAGGAGAAAAACGCCCUGGUGCGAUACGAAUCUGAGCUGAUGAUAUUUGCACGAGAACUGGAGCUGGAGGAUCGUCAGAGUCGACUGCAGCAGGACCUGAGGGAGCGCAUGGCAAUUGAAGACCACCUGAAGACGGAGGUGGAGCUGGCGCAGGAGAAGCACAUCCUGAAUGAGAUGCUGGAGGUGGUGGAGCAGAGAGACUCCCUGGUAGCCCUCCUGGAGGAGCAGAGGCUCAGGGAGAAGGAGGAGGAUAAGGACCUGGAGUCUGUCAUGCUCUCGAAGGGUUUCAACCUCAACUGGGCCUGACACUAGAGGCACCAUCCACCCCCACUCAGAUAAUACACUACCCCUCCCCUGUGUCAGGGCUCAGUGAAGACCUAAAUCACGGUUCCAUGCGUACAGAACGGAGUUGUCCUUUCACGGCCCUUCUGUUGGCGAAUGUGCGCAGAGUUGUCCUAUCAUGGCUCCGCUGUUGGAGCAGUCUAAAAUGUUUACAUAUCUACUCUGCCACCAGGCAGGCAUCAUUACCUAGUGAUAUCUCACCUCACGGUGGGAGGAGCAACUACAGCCUGGACUUUCUCAAAACCUCAGAAGGUCUUUUGACGUGAUUCUCCAGAACGGGGAACUUACCUCCUCUAGGAAGAAUGUUUUUAUUUUUUAUUUCUUUUAAUCUCGAUCACACAAAGGGAAGAAAGAGGUUUGGUCCUGCUGAUGUAAAGGAAUUCAAUAUAUGAUACCGGUUUCUAUAUAUUGAAUGUGCAUAACACGAAACAUUAAAGAAGCUGUGGUUUUAGAUGAGGGUAGGCCCUUUAUCUAUCGAUUAUUAGAGUUUCUGUAGAAAGGGGAGGAGUGGACCGAAGCCUCUGGUCUCUCUCAUCCUAACCUCAUGACAUCCUCUGCCAUUGUGAAUGCUGACUGAGGGAGGGACAUCCUCUGCAUAAGCUGGCUUUCUCUCCAAUUACACAGUGGCUUCCAUGUUCUGAGGAGCCAAUGAGGAUCACACUCUAAAAGGCCUGUCAUUUUUUUGCACAGAGAUUCACACUAAGAGUCAACGUUAAGGAUCAUUGGAAUCUGGUCACUUAGUCGUUUUCAAUUGUGUAUUUAUUAGCGUUGUUUUUACAAAGAACCUGAAUGAACUGUUUUUGGUAUUUUCGUUCAUGGAAGAGAGUGCCUGAACUGGUGGCUCAACAGAAUGCACUUGUGCUCUCUUUAUGACAUUGACAGCAAGGAAACUAACGGAAAACUCCAUCACCCAGAAGCCAGUGCGUGUCAGGACUGUAUGCUGCUGCAGACUCAUAAAGAAACAUAUCAUGUGUUAAAGUGCACGUUUUGUCAUUGCAGCUGACUUUAAAGGCGAGUCAGGACUGACUGAUCUACAAAUCACCUUGCAUCAUAAAUAACUACUCAAUAUUAUUUGUAGCUCAGUCAGUCACUAUUUACCCAUGAUACAUCACGGUUUUGAUGCUCUAACCUGUAGCAUAGAUUAAUUGACACAUGCACACUUCAGCAAGCAACCCACUUGACACAUCUCUUAGGUGAUAAUGUGUCCUUCUCCAUACGAUGCCUUUCCCUGUAUAUCACAUAAAAAUGUCAGUUUAUAUAAUCAGUUGCCCUUAUUCAAUACUAAUUGGCAUAUACUGUACCGUGAAAUAUCCUCAGUGUAGAUGAAAUGUUAAAAAGAGAAAGCAGUCGAGUUAGUUUGAUCUCAGAAGAGGCCGUGUCUUAUUGGACACAGUAUAUCGUGUUAUCAUCAUAAUACCAGAAGUGAACUGACACGUCACUAACUGGUGUCACAGUACAGUUGUGUCAGUGAAUAUUUUGCAAUAUCAAAGGGGAUAAACCACAGAACUCAAACACAGCCUCUGGCUUCGCUAUCCCUGGGGCUGAGGUAUAUGACCUGCUUUGGAGCAAAAUGCCUUUUUCAUUUGUUUUAAUAUUUUACAGUUUUCUUUUGAGUUUCAAACUUGUAUGUAUCCCACCAGGGUACAUUUGAACAUUUCGUUAAUCCUUUUUAUACAACUACAGGUCGCCAAACAGCAGUCAUGAGUAGAAGUGGAGACACGAGGCUGCUCUACUGCUCGAAGUAAACCGCUUCUAUUCAGUCACAGGAGCAUGUACAUUUGUUUGUCAUACGAACCUACUGGCCUUUCUGCCAAACUGUAAACCUUUGGUUGGUCACCGUUUUUGUUGUUGUUGCUGUAUAGAGUUACACACCGUGAGAAUAUGUGUAAGAAUUCAACGGAGCUGUGAAUAGAUUAAAAAAAGUUACAUUUCAAGGCUUGGUGUUUUAGAUGGUGUGUGAUACGUUUGACAGAUUGUAUUGAUAUUUAUUAACAUGUGUGCAAAAAUGUAUCAUAUGUAAAGAAAAAUGAAUCCUAAUUUUUAAAACACAUGGCAGAUAUGUAAAUGCUUAUUCAUGUAGCGAAAAUGCAUAGAGUGUUGGAUGUAUGCUGAAACGGCAAUAAAACCAUGCAGUUAUUUUAAAAAGUA